ACUACAUGAUCAGCAAAGGGGGCAGUGAGGCGCUGCUGCAAGCUCUCACCACCACUGCCCGAACCGAGCCGCCUGACCACAGCACCCUCCUACCCCUGCUUCGCCUGCUGGCCAGGGUCGGGCAACGAGAUAGGAAGUUUGGUCUGAAAGUGCAGAAGGCAGAGGCAACUGAUAUAAUACUGGGCCUGGCUAGAAGAAACCUGGGUCACCACCUGCACCUCAUCCACUGCCUCUGGGUCCUUCGGGUUUGUGCUUCUAAUGUUACCACAGGAACUACACUUGGCGUCAAUGGAGCCAUGGAGCUGGUUUUCAAAGUCAUCACCCCCUACAGCAAGAGACACAUCAGGACAGUCAGGGCAGCCAUUGAGGCUCUGGCAGCUUUGCUGAAAUCAAAGUCUAACAGCCGACGGGCAGUGAAGAGAGGCUUCCUAGGUGGAUUGCUGAGACUCUAUCAAGACUGGCAUCACAACGACGUCUCCAACAACUACAUUUAUAUUCGUAGGGGUCUCCUGCUCUGCCUAAAGCACAUCACCAACAUCCAGCUAGGCAGGGAAACUUUCCUUUGUUCCCGGGGUAUGGAGAUUCUCUUCACAAGUGUACAGGACUGUUUGUCUUGCAAAAAUCUGGAUCCUAUAACAAACACUGUAACUCAGAUUCUGAGAAAGUGCUACCCCAAGGAGUCUCUGCCUGUGGUGACAGUAAGAAGUUCCUAUUUCUUCCCUCUUCCUGGGAAUGUCAAGGCUGAACCUCCAUGUGAGGGAUCGGAAGGUGACUAUGAAAGUGAUGGAGAAGAAGAGGCUGAAAAAGACCUGGAUGAUGAGGAUGUGGAGAGUAAGGAGGAAGACUAUGACUUGGAGACAGAUGUGAACAAAUUGAGGUCAAGGCCAGUGCCUGACCGGCCAGAGGAAGAGCUUGGACAAUAUGAAGCAAUGUGUCUAGAACUUUCCUAUAAUUUUCAGGAGCUUGAAUCAGAAUCUGAGGAAGAGAAGAGCUCAGAGGACAGGGCUGAGAGUCUUCCCUCUACUCCCUCUCAUUUCUUUCCAAAUGCUACUUCUGUGAAACAUCCAAACUACAGAUGGAGAAACCAAAGUGUCACAGAGAUGGGACCAGAUCCAGGGGAAAAGGAUUUAAAAGUCCCAUUGCAGAGCUGGACAAAGAAGGAGGAAUGCAGAUGGGAUGCGGCUGAUGAAAAGCGAGACGCUGUAGAAGCAGCCCAAGAUGCAGACUGCUGUGAAGAGGAAGAUCCAGCCAGGAGCCACACACAUACUUUGCGUCCUCUCCCAAAAGAGGCUGCUUGGUACAAAAAAAUAUUUUACCCUGAAUGUGAGGCCUCGAUCAAUCCUAGUCCUGGAGGGAGGUUGGAGAGCUCAGACACAGUGACAAAUCUUCUGGAGAAACACCAAGGGGCUAUCCCGUUCCACAGCCCUCACUUCUACAUAGCUAGGGCCAAACGUGUUAAGUCCAUACCGGACUACAAAGACUUGGCAUUCCCUGAUUUCUGGGGUCACCAGCCACCUCCUUACAGCAAGCCCAUGGUGGAGCGCAAGUAUGGGAUUCAAAGGGACAAAGUACUAGAUGAUGUUCGCCGCUUAAUCCAGCCAGGCAAUGUGAUAGGCAGAACCGUUUUUGAUUCAGACGAGGCCAGUCACUCAAGCCCAGGUGCUCCAGGCUGUCUGACAUUCUUCUCCAAGUUUGAAUCAGGAAACCUUCGCAAAGCCAUCCAAGUGCGUGAGUUUGAGUAUGACUUAAUUAUGAAUGCAGAUGUGAACAGCAACCAGCAUAACCAGUGGUUCUACUUUGAAGUCCGUGACAUGAAAUUAGCAGUUCCUUAUCGCUUCAACAUUAUCAACUGUGAGAAGUUCAAUAGCCAAUUUAAUUAUGGCAUGCAGCUGGUCAUGUAUUCAGUGAAGGAAGCUCUCCAGGGCAGGCCUUGCUGGCUUCGGGCAGGCCAUGAUAUCUGCUACUACAAAAACCACUACCGCUGUAGUGCAGCUUCAGAGGAAGGCACGAGAGGAAGGUGCUACUACACGCUCACCUUCAGCAUCACGUUCCCUCACAAAGAUGAUGUCUGCUAUCUGGCCUACCAUUACCCCUACACUUACUCCACGAUGAUGUCCCAUCUUGAUGUCCUGGAACAAAAUAGGAACCCCAAGAAGGUUUACUGGAGGCAGCAGACGCUCUGCCAGACGCUAGGAGGAAAUCCAUGCCCAUUGCUCACAAUCACUGCCAUGCCAGACUCUAAAAAAAGAGGCGACUUGGAGCAAUUCUGCCAUUUUGACAAUCGUCCUUACGUGUUUCUAAUGGCCCGUGUUCACCCUGGUGAAAGCAAUGCCAGCUGGGUAAUGAAAGGGACCCUGGAGUUCCUUGUGAGCGGCGAUCCCAUUGCUGAUCUCCUGCGGAAAUGUUUCAUUUUCAAGAUUGUCCCCAUGCUUAAUCCUGAUGGAGUCAUCAAUGGCAACCACCGUUGUUCCUUGAGUGGGGAUGACCUGAACAGGCAGUGGUUGGCACCCAAUUCCCAGCUCCAUCCAACCAUUUACCAUGCCAAAGGUCUUCUCUACUACCUGCGCAGCAUUGGCCGGGCUCCUCUGGUUUUCUGUGACUACCACGGCCACUCCCAGAAAAAGAACGUGUUUGUUUAUGGCUGCAGCAUCAAGGAGACCUUGUGGCAAGCAGGCUGCACGGUCGACACAGCGGUUAUCACAGAAGAUGUUGGCUACAGGACUCUUCCUAAAAUCCUGGAUAAAGUGGCCCCUGCAUUUGUCAUGAACAGCUGCAGCUUCCUGGUGGAGAAGUCCCGGGAGUCGACAGCCCGGGUGGUGGUAUGGAAGGAAAUGGGUGUGUUGAGGAGCUACACUAUGGAGAGCACGUACUGUGGCUGCAGCCACGGAGUCUACAAGGGCCUGCAGCUGGGAACUCAAGAGCUGGAGGAGAUGGGAAGUAAGUUUUGCCUUGGUUUGCUCAUUCUGCACCUCAAGUCCCUGCCCUGCAGCAAGAAGAUGAUGGCUCAGGCAGCACAGCUGCUAGAUCUGGAGGAGGAGAUAACAGACCACCGGGCACAGAGAAGCGCCAGCAACAGCAGCCUGGAGACUGAUGAUGAACCUCCUUGUGUGGAAGAAAUCGAUUAUAAUACUGACAGUUGCUCUGAUGGUGAAGGAGACUUCUCGGAACUGGACCAAGAGAUCCAGGAGUGCCUCUCGUGGAUGGAAGGAGAGACAGAAGAUGAGGGAGUGACCACGGGACAGACAUGCAGCUCCAAGGCUCUCAGGGGGCUCUACAUUUCCAGCCAACCAACAUCCAACAGUACAGCUCUCCCUCUGCAUUCAACAGCACUUGGGGUGUACAGUGGGUUUGAGAGCAGCCUGGCGUGAACAAGGCUUUGACUUGCAGAGCCGUAAACUAAUGGGUUACUGCUCAUGUUUGCCAGCUUCAGCAUCCUUCCCAGAUGUGUUGCUCCAGUUCUGAAUAGAAAGUUGACUGAAUGUUUGUGCAGUUUGUAAACGUACAUAUAUAUAUAUAUAGAGAGAGAAUGCCUCCUUACACUUUGCAUGCAAGGCAGAGUGAGGGGCCACUGGCCCAGAUGGUACUAUGUGAGAACAUCUUCCGCUCCUAAACAUAAACCCCAGUUUCAUGGCUGCCUCUAGUAUGUGGUUUCAUACAGACUGACCUGAGGAAUGGUCUUCUGACACCAAGGAACCAGAGAUGAUUCUCCUUUUCCUACUUUAGCCUCUUAUUAUGGGAAGCAGCCUUUGCAUGGUAGAGUGACAGUUAUGGAUGCCUUUAGCCAGAGCUCUCUAUUGCCAUAGAUUUCUCUUGAGCUGUAGAGCAUGUAUCUGAUUUCUGUCUGAUCAGAAUUUUUACAGUGUGUUCAACAGGUUGGGUCAGGCUGUGCAUGCUUCUGAUCUGGUCGUGUCUCAGCAACAGUGUGGGAAAUCCAAUGUGCUAUAGAAAGGAAGGCACCUGUGACAACCCAGAACAGUCCUCUGGAAACCUGGGUUAAAUCCAGCUCUUUGCUGCACUGGAAUGAACUGGUCCAGUGUAAUGUCAGCUGAGUCACUUCAUGCUUGAACUGAUGGGCCCAAGUGUAGAAUUUGUUUCACAGAUACUGUGAAAUUUUAUUUUCUCUGUGAGACAUCCUUCCAGCUAAGAGAGUACAGAUACAACAGUUCAUCCUGGGAAACUAGAGCUACUAUUUAAAGCUGUUGGGAGUGAGAGGGAUUUGAGGUGUUUCAAGGAAAAAAACAUGUUCUCUUGAGGUAGCCAGGGGUCCCCUAAUAUUCUGUCAAUAUAUUAGUGAUGGUGAGAAUAUCCAAGAAUGAAUUUAGCUCAAGCAUCCAUCCUGUGACGACUAAGGAGACCCUAGUUCACGGAACAAGACUCCAUCGUGCCAGACAGUAAUAUAAUAGAAGACACUACUAGUAGGUUAUAUAUAGGACAAGCUCUACCAUUGGCUCCCAUAUCGAGUCAGAACAGCUUCUUCUUUGAUCCCCAAAUGGAAUAAAAAAUUAGAUUUCUCCUAAAAUUGCCUGCAAACACAGAUCCUGAUUCCUGAGAACCCAGCACAGACAACCCACACAUGUGCCCAACAUCCCUAAAGCAUGAGUCCUGCAUCACCACGACUCAUACCUCAUAUUGCCUGAACAUCUCACGUAUCUUAGAAUCUGCUGCUGUAAAUGGGGAAUAGCCUUGAACCCAAAGGGAACUAACUGCAUGAUGCAAGAGGCUCCUAACUCUGUCACUACUUUAUGAGGCCCAAGGAGGAGGAUGAAUGUAUAGUGUGUUGUAGCAUUAGAGCCUAUAAGGCCUCCGUUACCAGUGAUUAUUAUUAUUAAUAUUGAUGCAUGACUAAAAGCACCAUGUGAUCCUCUCACCUUUAUGCCAUUUGUGGAGAGAAUUCCUGGUGCAGAAUGAGGUUUUCUCUGAUGCAUUUCUGAAUCCUUUCCCCUGACUACCUAGACAUAUUUUCUAGCAGGAGCUUGCUCUUUGUAGAAAUAUCUUCUUCCUGUCCUGCUAAGUUUUCAGUAUCCAGGUGUUUUAAAGUCUUCACCAACAUGUAAAAGUUCUCUGUGUUUCUAGCACUUUCUUUAUGACGCUGCUCAAAAGGCAGGCAGCUUGGGUCCUUAGAAGCUGAGCUGCUUAGACCAAACUAAUUCAUUAGGUAUGGUGUGUGUUCUCUGUACAGAUGUCCUGUUCUGCUUGCUUUAGUGUGCAGCUUGUUGCACACAAUACUGAAUUUUCAUAAAAGUUUGGCUCACAGGAAUGGACACAAAAGAGCUAAAACAGGUGUUCCCAUUAUAAUAGUUUGUAUAACAUUGCUUCAAAGCUUAUUAAUAAAGGACGAUAUAUGUGCAUAGUUAA